UUGGUUUUAGAUUAACCUAGAUCUCUUUCUCUUCCAAAGACUUCUCUGCCUCUGAGAUUGUUCCUGAAGUGAGGAGCCAAGAUGUUGGUACUACUGGCUGGAAUUUUUGUGGUUCAUAUUGCCACUGUCAUCAUGCUCUUUGUUUCCACUAUUGCUAAUGUCUGGAUGGUAACCACCAUUUCUGGCAAAACAAACUCCUCAGGGAUCUGGAAGCAAUGUUCAGAAAGCAGUUGCCAGAACCUUGUUUUUAACAAUGAUGACAUGGCUGCCCUCAAGGCUGUGCAGGCCUUCAUGAUCCUGGCCAUCAUCUUCUCCUUCAUUUCUUUGGUCAUGUUCGUGGUACAGCUCUUCACCAUGGAGAAGGGGAAACGCUUCUACAUCACUGGAGCCAUUAUGCUGAUUUGCUGGCUGUUUAUUUUGAUUGCUGCCUCGAUCUAUACUGCCCGAUUUCCUCAGUAUUACAAAGACGGUCACCAUGGAUAUUCCUUUAUACUGGCCUGGAUCUGCUUUUGCUUUAGCUUCAUUAUUGGGAUCCUGUAUCUUGUACUCAGGAAAAAAUGAGAGUUGUCAGGGUAAAAUAGAGAGGGAAGAUUAGAAAUUGGGGGACUUGUGGGGGGGGGGGUUGUAUAACUCACUUUGCUAUGAGAAGAUUGCCAAAAAUAAUGAAUAUACUACUCACCCAACAUGCUGAAAGAUAGAAAACUCCAUAAGAGAGAAUUGCUAUAGACCCUCUUCUGUUAUGAAUUUAAGACCAUGAAUAUGGUUGAAGAAUCUUCAGAGUAGAGAGAUGAUAUCUCUCAGACUCCAUUCAAAGGCCUCAGUGUUCUCCUUCACUGACAGCUGAAAUGGCAGAAAUAAAUAAGUUGUUCAAUUUCCUUCUUGAUCCUUCAGCAGCAUGGCAUAUCACCCAUGAAUACCACCAUCCAUUUCUAGUAAUCCAAGAAGAUAUAAUGAAGUGAGAUAUUAGAAGUAUCAACCUCCCUUCCAAAUUAAACAGUGUUAGAGCUGGACACAUUAUAAAGUAAAAUGAGGUACUUGCCUCAGUCAUCUGAUGCUGAAGGAUAGCAAUGAAAUACUGGAUGACAGAACUACUUCUCAAACUAACCUGCAUCUCCUAAGCUAUCUAAUUGUUCCAUAACCAGUUCCAUUUAUCACUGUGCCUAUUUUCCAAAUUUGGAAUGGGAGAGAUGUUACUUCAUUGUGCAUUUCAUUUUUUUAAUAAAAAAAUUCCUUGGAAUUAAAAGAUAUGAAAUGUGAAAAAUCAACCUGUUUUAAUAUUAUCUAAAUUGUAACUUUAAAAUUAAUGUUUUAAAGUAUUUAAUUUCCACUCUUUAUUGUCAUGUAAAGAAUAGUGCUGCUGUUGCUGAAGAUAAAAGGCAGUAGCCACUGGAGAAUAAAAAAGAAGUGAAUGGUAAAGGAAGAUGGGUAGGGUGGAGAAAGGCAAACAAUAUUCAUAAUUAUAAAGCAUGUCAUUAAAAUAUGCAACUUUCCAACAAAACUUGGUAUAUCCAUUUUAUAAAGCUACACUAUGAACAUAGAACUGUUGGGUCCAUAAAGUUUGUGUUCUUCAAGCUGUCAAUCCUUUAGGCAUUCAACUCUGGGUCAUGGGAUCUCAUCUCCCAGCAUCAAAUUAGAUAAAACUGUUAACAAUUUCUCCUUUUAUUGAAUAGAAUGAGGGAUGGGAGGGGGUGAAACAUUGUUAAAGUAGGGCUUUCAAUAUUGAAACUUGCAUUUAAACUAUAAUAUAUAAUGUGUGUUGUGGGCAGACCUUAAUAUUGCAUUGGUCAAGAAAGAAAUUAUUUGUAGUAUAAAACAGGGUUCCUGAGUCAGAAUUCUGUGAUAAUAGAAACAAAGCUUCUGGUUUGUGUGUGUGUGUGUGUGUGUGUACCCAUCUUAACUGCCCUCCCCCCAUUUUAAUUGCAUAUAGUGUGUCUCCCAAGGGAGAAGAAGAAGCCCGGCUAAUUAAAUUUUGCAAAUAGAGGGCCAAGCAGAAAAUUGCUAUAUGAAAGUGGAAAGACUUAUUAUUACAUCAUAGUUACAGUUUGCCUUCCUGCCACAUAGAUCAGUUAAAAAUAAUGAAUGGAAACUAUACUUAGGAAGUUGCUAAUAUGCUCUCUGCUUUAUUGUACCUGAGUGAUAUGAAAAGUUAAGGAGGGGUUCAGAAUUGCAAGUUUAGUAUAAACAGUAUUUUCUUUCUUGCUUUCUCCAUUAUACUGUUUUUAUAUGUAUUUGCUAGAUUACGUUCUGUCAUACUUGCCAUUUCUCAACAUUUAUUUUUUGUGCAGCCAUUGUAAAUAUUUUGAUACAACUAUCCCUAGAAGUAGGGAUAUAUAAAAUAAAGUAAAAUAAAAUAAAAUUCCAUUUCUCAGA